AUGGUUUGUUGGAAACUGUACAACAAAGUAGAAAAGUCAAUUGGAAACGGAUUUGCAAGAUAUGGAGAACUGGUUGGAACCUAUCCAUGGGCUGUUCUGAUGUUCUCUGUCUUAGUGUCCGGUUUACUUGGAAUAGGACUCGUCAAUCUAACGUUCGAAUCAGACGUGGAGAAGGUAUAUACGCCGAGGAACAGUCAAGCGUCUAAAGAUAGAGGUACGAUAAAAAAUCUGUUUGGUGAUCAUUCUGGGACAAAUUUUUACCAACAAAAUCUUGCCGAGGCAAAUUUGUAUGGCAGUGUCAUUUUUAAAAGCAAAAAUGCGUCAAACCUCCUCACGCGUCUUUACAUAAACGAAAUCAAAACUGUUUACGAUGAAAUAAGAGCCAAAGUAUUAGGAAAUGGAAUGAACUAUUCACGGCUAUGUGCUGUUCGGGAUUCUAAAUGUGUCGUGGACGGUAACAUCAUUUUCUCAGGCAACUUUGACAAUUCACUUCAGAAUAACAACAUAACAUAUCCCGUACUUGGGAGUGUUUCCAUGGAAUCCGUGUUUGGCGAUACCGUUGUUCAGGGAAGGGUGCUCAGAUCUGCUAAGUUUAUCAAACUUGUUUUUAACUUACGACAAGACACCAAAGAAAACACGGAUAAUUCUAAAUCAUGGGAGAAAAGUUUUAUUUCUUAUAUGGAAAACCUCCAAUCGUCGUUACUGGAUAUCUCGUAUGCCCACUCGACAUCACUUGACGAGGAACUCACAUCAAACAUCAGUGGCGAUAUACUGUUUGUGUCACUGACCUUCACCUUAAUGAUAGUUUACGCGACAUUGGUCACGAUGACCUGUGAUUGUUUACUCGACAGACAAAAUCUCGGACGGGCUGGCGUCAUAGCCACUGGACUUGGAAUAUUAGCAUCAUUUGGACUGGUCAGUGCCUGUGGCGUGGAGUUCGUCGAUAUUGUAGGAGUGAUGCCUUUUCUGAUAUUAGGGAUUGGUAUUGAUGAUAUGUUUAUAUUAUUGGCCGGUCUCGCAGAAGCUCCGUUAUACGAAACACCUCCAAAGCGUGUCGCAGAGACCAUGCGAACCAGUGGAGUGGCAAUCACUAUCACAUCUCUGACUGAUAUCAUAGCUUUUGCUGUGGGAGCAUCGUCUGUCUUUCCAGGUGUACGGAACUUUUGUAUAUACACAGGAAUUGCAGUUCUUUUCUGCUAUAUCAAUUUCGUCACAUUCUUCAUCGCCUGUAUCGCUAUCAACGAGAACAGGAUAUCAAAGAACAGACAUUGUUGUUUAUGCUGCCGCACCAUCGAAAUGAAGAAUCAAAUGACGACUGCUUCCAGACUAAAUCGAUUUUGCUGUGGAGGGACUGCCCCUAAAUCUAUCUCAGACCUGCAGAGUUUAAUGGAACGCCUUCCUGGGUUAACCAUCACAAAGUUUAUAACUCUGGUACCUGUAAAGAUUGUGACCCUUGCUUGUUUUGUGAUUUACCUCGGUAUUGCAAUUUGGGGGUCAACGAACUUCCAACAAGGCCUUGAUACAACAAACCUUGUUUCUGAUGACUCAUAUUAUUUCACAUAUAACACACAAAACCAACAACACUUUUUACAGCGUGUACCGGUUUCGUUUGUUUUUGACAAAACUUUAGAUUACACGCAAUUGUCAACGAUUAAUGCUAUUGACGGUUUAAUGGCGUCUGUACAGGAAGACAAAGUGGUCGGUAAUAAUAAGCUGUUUAUCAGCUGGUUAAACAGUUUUAAGUCUUCGCCAAACUACAAUAAUGUAUCUGAGUCUCAAUUCGUUAGCAAUUUAAAACUAUUCCUGAAUUUAACUAAAGAAUUUAAAAAUGAUAUCAUAUUUGACAGUACUGGGCAAAAAAUACGCGCAUCUCGAGUAUACAUAUUCACUAACAAUUUGGUUGAUUCCAAUCAACAGGGGGAUUUCAUGAAACGAAUGAGAAGUCUAACAGAGGACUCUUCUUUGAAUGUUAUUGUAUAUUCUCCAAGCUUUAUAUUCUAUGAACAGUAUGUUGCAAUUCUUCCGUCAACCCUUCAAACUGUCGGAAUAGCAGUUGCGGUGAUAUUUGUUAUUACCGCGUUGUUCAUGCCGAGUCCCCUUUUAAUCCUAUAUGUCACCGUUUCCAUGGUUAUGAUAAUGACUGGAAUUUUUGGUUUCAUGUAUUUUUGGGAUCUAACUCUCAGCUCUAUCACAAUGAUACAUGUCAUUAUGAGUGUCGGAUUUUCUGUAGAUUUCAGCGCACACAUCUGUCACGCAUUUAUGACAGUUGAAGGCAAUUCACGUGACGAGAAAGUUAAAAAUGCUAUUUUACGUUCUGGGGGUCCUAUAUGGAAUGGGGCGGUUUCUUCAAUUUUAGGAAUCAUAAUGUUGGUCUUUUCCAAAUCAUAUAUAUUUAGGUCGUUUUUCAAAGUCAUGUUGCUUGUGAUAUUGUUUGGAGUUGGUCAUGCGCUACUUUUUCUCCCUGUGUUACUCUCUCUGAUUGGACCAAUGGAAAAAAAAGAAGGUGAUGCGAAUUCUGUGUCUAAUAGUACAGACAUGACGACUAGCACAAGGCAACGCGAUAAAAGCUUCAACAGGGACAGAGAAAGUGAAUCCUCAAAAGAAAUUUCUUUGCACGUUUGA